GGUAGUUAUUGGUAUUUACUAGUAGUUACUGGUAGUUGCUAGUAGUUGCUGGUAGUUACUAGUAGUUAUCGGUAGUUAUUGGUAUUUAUUAGUAGUUGCUAGUAGUUACUGGUAGUUACUAGUAGUUACUGGUAGUUAUUAGUAGUUCCCGGUAGUUACUAGUAGUUAUCGGUAGUUACUAGUAGUUACUGGUAGUUGGUGGUAUUUAUUGGUAAUUACUAGUAGUUACUGGUAGUUAGUGGUAGUUAUUAGUAGUUACUGGUAGUUACUAGAAGUUAUCGGUAGUUACUAGUAGUUACUGGUAGUUAUCGGUAGUUAUUGGUAUUUACUAGUAGUUGCUAGUAGCUGCUGGUAGUUACUAGUAGUUACUGGUAGUUAUUAGUACUUCCCGGUAGUUACUAGUAGUUACUGGUAGUUGGUGGUAUUUAUUGGUAAUUACUAGUAGUUACUGGUAGUUAGUGGUAGUUAUUAGUAGUUACUGGUAGUUACUAGUAAUUAUCGGUAGUUACUAGUAGUUACUGGUAGUUAGUAGUAGUUCCUAGUAGUUAUCGGUAGUUACUAGUAGUUACUAGUAGUUGCUAGUUGUUGUCGGUAUUUACUAGUAGUUACUGGUAGUUACUAGUAGUUGCUGGUAGUUACUAGUAGUUACUAGUAGUUAUCGGUAGUUAUUGGUAUUCACUAGUAGUUGCUAGUAGUUGCUGGUAGUUACUAGUAGUUACUGGUAGUUAUUAGUAGUUCCCAGUAGUUACUAGUAGUUAUCGGUAGUUACUAGUAGUUACUGGUAGUUAAUUGGUAUUUACUGGUAAUUACUAGUAGUUACAGGUAGUUACUAGUAGUUGCUGGUAGUUACUAGUAGUUACUAGUAGUUAUCGGUAGUUAUUGGUAUUCACUAGUAGUUGCUAGUAGUUGCUGGUAGUUACUAGUAGUUACUGGUAGUUAUUAGUAGUUCCCGGUAGUUACUAGUAGUUAUCGGUAGUUACUAGUAGUUACUGGUAGUUGGUGGUAUUUACUGGUAAUUACUAGUAGUUACAGGUAGUUACUAGUAGUUGCUGGUAGUUACUAGUAGUUACUAGUAGUUAUCGGUGGUUAUUGGUAUUCACUAGUAGUUGCUAGUAGUUGCUGGUAGUUACUAGUAGUUACUGGUAGUUAUUAGUAGUUACUGGUAGUUACUAGUAGUUAUCGGUAGUUACUAGUAGUUACUGGUAGUUACUAGUAGUUCCUAGUAGUUAUCGGUAGUUACUGGUAGUUACUAGUAGUUGCUACUUGUUGUCGGUAUUUACAAGUAGUUACUGGUAGUUACUAGUAGUUGCUGGUAGUUACUAGUAGUUACUAGUAGUUAUCGGUAGUUAUUGGUAUUUACUAGUAGUUGCUAGUAGUUGCUAGUAGUUACUAGUAGUUACUGGUAGUUAUUAGUAGUUCCCGGUAGUUACUAGUAGUUAUCGGUAGUUACUAGUAGUUACUGGUAGUUGGUGGUAUUUACUGGUAAUUACUAGUAGUUACAGGUAGUUACUAGUAGUUGCUGGUAGUUACUAGUAGUUACUAGUAGUUAUCGGUGGUUAUUGGUAUUCACUAGUAGUUGCUAGUAGUUGCUGGUAGUUACUAGUAGUUACUGGUAGUUAUUAGUAGUUACUGGUAGUUACUAGUAGUUAUCGGUAGUUACUAGUAGUUACUGGUAGUUACUAGUAGUUCUAGUAGUUAUCGGUAGUUACUGGUAGUUACUAGUAGUUGCUACUUGUUGUCGGUAUUUACAAGUAGUUACUGGUAGUUACUAGUAGUUGCUGGUAGUUACUAGUAGUUACUAGUAGUUAUCGGUAGUUAUUGGUAUUUACUAGUAGUUGCUAGUAGUUGCUAGUAGUUACUAGUAGUUACUGGUAGUUAUUAGUAGUUCCCGGUAGUUACUAGUAGUUAUCGGUAGUUACUAGUAGUUACUGGUAGUUGGUGGUAUUUACUGGUAAUUACUAGUAGUUACAGGUAGUUACUAGUAGUUGCUGGUAGUUACUAGUAGUUACUAUUAGUUAUCGGUAGUUAUUGGUAUUCACUAGUAGUUGCUAGUAGUUGCUGGUAGUUACUAGUAGUUACUGGUAGUUAUUAGUAGUUACUGGUAGUUACUAGUAGUUAUCGGUAGUUACUAGUAGUUACUGGUAGUUACUAGUAGUUCCUAGUAGUUAUCGGUAGUUACUGGUAGUUACUAGUAGUUGCUAGUUGUUGUCGGUAUUUACAAGUAGUUACUGGUAGUUACUAGUAGUUGCUGGUAGUUACUAGUAGUUACUAGUAGUUAUCGGUAGUUAUUGGUAUUUACUAGUAGUUGCUAGUAGUUGCUAGUAGUUGCUGGUAGUUACUAGUAGUUGCUGGUAGUUACUAGUAUUUACUAGUAGUUGCUGGUAGUUACUAGUAGUUACUGGUAGUUAUUAGUAGUUCCGGGUAUUUACUAGUAGUUAACGGUAAUUACUAGUAGUUACUGGUAGUUAGUGGUAGUUAUUAGUAGUUACUGGUAGUUACUAGUAGUUAUCGGUAGUUAAUAGUAGUUACUGGUAUUUAUUAGUAGUUACUAGUAGUUGAUGGUAGUUAUUGGUAUUUACUAGUAGUUACUGGUAGUUGCUAGUAGUUGCUGGUAUUUAACAGUAGUUACUGAUAGUUGCUAGUAGUUGCUGGUAGUUACUAGUAGUUGCUGAUAGUUACUAGUAUUUACUAGUAGUUGCUGGUAGUUACUAGUAGUUACUGGUAGUUAUUAGUAGUUCCGGGUAUUUACUAGUAGUUAACGGUAAUUACUAGUAGUUACUGGUAGUUAGUGGUAGUUAUUAGUAGUUACUGGUAGUUACUAGUAGUUACCGGUAGUUAAUAGUAGUUACUGGUAUUUACUAGUAGUUACUAGUAGUUGACGGUAGUUAUUGGUAUUUACUAGUAUUUACUGGUAGUUGCUAGUAGUUGCUGGUAUUUAACAGUAGUUACUGGUAGUUGCUAGUAGUUGCUGGUAGUUACUAGUAGUUGCUGGUAGUUACUAGUAUUUACUAGUAGUUGCUGGUAGUUACUAGUAGUUACUGGUAGUUAUUAUAAUUAGUAGUUCCCGGUAGUUACUAGUAGUUAACGGUAAUUACUAGUAGUUACUGGUAGUUAGUGGUAGUUAUUAGUAGUUACUGGUAGUUACUAGUAGUUAUCGGUAGUUACUAGUAGUUACUGGUAUUUACUAGUAGUUACUAGUAGUUGAUGGUAGUUAUUGGUAUUUACUAGUAGUUACUGGUAGUUGCUAGUAGUUACUGGUAUUUAACAGUAGUUACUGGUAGUUGCUAGUAGUUGCUGGUAGUUACUAGUAGUUGCUCGUAGUUACUAGUAUUUCCUAGUAGUUUUCGGUAGUUACUAGUAGUUACUGGUAGUUGGUGGUAUUUAUUGGUAAUUACUAGUAGUUUCUGGUAGUUAGUGGUAGUUAUUAGUAGUUACUGGUAGUUACUAGUAGUUAUCGGUAGUUGCUAGUAGUUACUGGUAGUUAGUAGUAGUUCCUAGUAGAUAUCGGUAGUUACUAGUAGUUACUAGUAGUUGCUAGUUGUUGUCGGUAUUUACUGGUAGUUACUGGUAGUUACUAGUAGUUACUGGUAGUUAUUUGUAGUUCCCGGUAGUUACUAGUAGUUAACGGUAAUUACUAAUAGUUACUGGUAGUUAGUGGUAGUUAUUAGUAGUUGCUAGUAGUUACUAGUAGUAAUCGGUAGUUACUAGUAGUUACUAGUAGUUGUCGGUACUUACUAGUAGUUGCUGGUAGUUACUAGUAGUUACUAGUAGUUAUUACUAGUUCCUGGUAGUUACUAAUAGUUAUCGGUAGUUACUGGUAGUUGGUGGUAUUUGUAGGUAGUUACUAGUAGUUACUGGUAGUUAUUAGUAGUUACUGGUAGUUACUAGUAGUUGUCGGUAGUUACUAGUAGUUGCUGGUAGUUACUAGUAGUUGCUGGUAGUUACUAGUAGUUGUCGGUAGUUACUAGUAGUUGGUGGUAGUUACUAGUAGUUUCCGGUAAUUGCUAGUAGUUACUAGUGGUUAAUGGUAGUUUUUGGUAUUUACUAGUAGUUACUGGUAGUCACUGGUAG